AUGAAAGAAUCAUCCAUGAAAACCAAUCAGGAAUUCUUGAAGAAGUUGGAAACUUCAUGUUUUAACGACGAACUCGACUGGUCACUUACCCUUGAAGAUCUCGACCUGAGUUUUACUCAUGAUAUUAUUACCGACGUUACUUCUCCCAUGAUCACCAUAUCUUCCGAUGAUCAAAACAUUGCUUCAAAAGUAUUUCCGAUUACAAACAUCGAGGCAGUAUUACCACAACACCAAUCAGCAAAUUUUCCGGCCAUGGGUACGUCUCUUCCCGCUGUUAUGGACUUCACAGACGUGGCUCUAAACUGGGAUUUUACGACAGGGCGGAAGGUGGUCUCCGGUGGAGAGGUUCACCAAGUUUUGCCGCUAGUUAAUGAAGAUUUUACUCCAUCACUGCCGCAGAGGAAGUAUAGAGGCGUUAGGAGACGGCCGUGGGGGAAGUUCUCGGCGGAGAUGAGAAACCCAGAGAAGAAAGGGAGGAGGCUGUGGCUGGGGACGUAUGAUACGGCGGAGGAAGCUGCCAUGGCGUAUGAUCGAGCAGCUUUUAAGUAUCGUGGAUGUCAAGCUGUGCUUAACUUCCCGCAUUUGAUUGGGUCCCACAAUGUAAGCCCUGAGAAAUAUACCAUCGAAAGACGGUUGCUGAAGUCCGGGUGUUCAUCGUCGUCACCCUCGCCUGAAUCACCUAGAAAUAACAACCGGAAGAGGAAAAGCACUGCUGAUUGA